GAGGGUGGGGGCGCAUGCGCCGAAGCCCUACGGCUCUGCGGGCGUCUGGGACCGCUUCCCCCGGCUUGGUUUUCCCGCCCCUUCCAACCACCACCAUCCGGGUCCUCCUCGCCGGUCGGCCGGCCGGUCGGUCAGGGGAGCGAGUGAGCGAGCGCCGGCGGCCCGUGUCCGUGGCGGGGCUACUAAUAAAGUUGAUUGAGAAGCCUAGCGGCGCUGUCCGCCGCCUCCUCCUCGCUCCCCUUCCCCCGUCCUCCCCACGUCGCCGCGGGACUCCGCCGAGGCCUGGACUUGAAAAGCUGGGAAAAUACCCUUCCCCAGCUUUGUUGAAGAUUGAAAAGUGAAGCCCUGCCCUCCUCUUCCCUUCAGUCAGUCCUCAGUGCUAUUCGUGGAGAAACAAUUUUUUUUGAAUUGUCUGCAAUCCCCACUUCCACUUGCCUUUGGCUUUUUGGUGGCAAGAAGUUUCCCUGAAGAUUGAUAUCAAAUGACGUCCAUGGCCAGCCUGUUCUCUUUUACUAGCCCAGCCGUGAAGCGCUUACUGGGCUGGAAACAAGGUGACGAAGAGGAGAAAUGGGCAGAGAAAGCCGUUGAUGCCCUGGUGAAAAAGUUAAAAAAGAAGAAGGGUGCCAUGGAGGAGCUGGAAAAAGCCCUGAGCAAUCCUGGGCAGCCCAGCAAAUGCGUGACCAUUCCUCGCUCCCUCGAUGGGCGCCUUCAGGUUUCCCACCGAAAGGGCCUGCCCCACGUUAUCUACUGCCGGGUGUGGCGCUGGCCAGAUUUGCAGAGCCACCAUGAGCUGAAACCAUUAGAUAUGUGUGAAUUUCCCUUCGGGUCUAAGCAGAAGGAAGUGUGUAUUAAUCCAUACCACUACAAGAGAGUGGAAAGUCCAGUCUUGCCUCCGGUAUUGGUGCCCAGGCAUAGCGAGUUCAAUCCGCAACACAGCCUUCUGGUCCAGUUCAGGAAUCUAAGCCACAACGAACCUCACAUGCCGCAGAAUGCCACAUUUCCAGACUCCUUCCAGCAGCCCAACAACAUUUCCUUUCUCCUGUCUCCCAAUAGCCCUUAUUCUCCCUCACCAACCAGCAGCACGUACCCCAGCUCUCCAGCCAGCUCGGGGCCAGCAAGCCCAUUUGAGCUUCCAGCUGAUACGCCUCCCCCAGCGUAUAUGCCUCCUGAUGACCAGGUGGGGCAAGAUAAUUCUCAGUCAAUGGAUACAAGCAAUAGUAUGAUUCCUCAAAUUAUGCGAAAUGUAGAUAAUAGAGACGUCCAGCCUGUGGCUUAUGAAGAGCCCAAGCACUGGUGUUCGAUUGUCUACUAUGAAUUAAAUAAUCGUGUGGGCGAGGCCUUUCAAGCAUCUUCAACCAGCGUCCUAGUGGAUGGGUUCACGGACCCUUCGAACAACAAAAGUAGAUUUUGCUUAGGAUUAUUGUCCAAUGUCAAUCGCAAUUCUACAAUUGAGAAUACCAGGCGACAUAUCGGUAAAGGGGUUCACCUUUAUUAUGUUGGUGGGGAAGUUUAUGCUGAGUGCUUGAGUGACAGCAGCAUAUUUGUUCAGAGUAGAAACUGCAACUACCAUCAUGGUUUCCACCGUACCACUGUGUGCAAGAUUCCUAGUGGCUGCAGCCUAAAGAUUUUUAACAAUCAGGAGUUUGCUCAGCUUCUGGCACAGUCUGUCAAUCACGGAUUUGAGGCAGUGUAUGAACUCACCAAAAUGUGCACCAUUCGCAUGAGUUUUGUGAAGGGUUGGGGCGCUGAAUAUCAUCGGCAAGAUGUAACGAGUACUCCGUGUUGGAUUGAAAUCCAUCUUCAUGGCCCCCUCCAAUGGCUGGAUAAAGUACUGACACAGAUGGGCUCUCCUCUUAACCCCAUCUCUUCUGUUUCUUAGUGCCAUCGAAAGUAUCUUCUCUGACUCUUGCAUUAGUGAACUCAUUUUAAUUUUAGAAAAACUUUCAGCAUGGUUGCUGUCAGCUGCUCCACAGAGAACAGAGUGAAACAGUUUUCAGUGUUGUUUUUUCCAUCUUGCUGCGACCAAUUCAUUUGUAUUUUGUGAUAAAUCUGCAUUUCUUUGUCCAUUCUCAUGGUAUUAUAUGGCGGGAGUUGAGUGCUAGCAACACUCAGAAAAAUGCAGAGCAAGUAAUUUUUCCCUUCAGUUUAAACUAUUUAAUCUGGCAUUCAUUUUCAUCUAGAAGAAAGAAUAAAAAACUAUUGACGCCUCGGGAACUAACGUGGAUAUUUUUAGAAAUCAUAAACACUAUUUUUUCACAACCUUGGGUGCAGCUCAAGCUGAUUGACACAUUUUCGAUUGAUGUCAAAAUCCACUUGGCAUUUUACAGUUCAGCGUUCACUUCAUAAUAAUGUGACAUGUAGCUAACUUUUCCUGUAUAUUUUUUAUGUUAUUACACACAGGAAUUGGCAUCAAGUAUUUGACAUUACCUUUGGAAAAAUGCAGUCACGAACACAAUACCGUAGCCCAGGAUCCCAGUUCCUGGAUCGUAGUUCGCUGUGCAACGUUGCCUUUUGGCCACCAUCUUCUGGACUGUAAUUUUGACUUGAGAUGACCUUAUUUUGCACUUUUGUGGGUGAAAAAUUGUGUUCCAUCUUGAUAACCAGCCCAAGUACUUUCCCUGUUGGUACCCCCUUUUUUGUAUUGGUGUAAACAGUACAAUUUGUCAAGAACAGUACAUACUUAAAUUUGCCAGAGGCUUGGUUUUCAGGAGCCAAUUGUUCUUUUCAAGCAAAAUUAUGAGGUCACCCUGCUUUCAAACUGGGUCCAUGUGCCCUCCAGCUCAAUCCGGUUCAUUACCCAAGUUUGUUGUCGAGGCACUUGGCAUUUAUCUUGCCCCUAGCACUGGCUAGGUUAGUCUGCCUCUGGUGCAGAAGCACCAGUUGUGUGGCAGUUGAAUGGUUUAGUAGUGGAGCAAGAUCCCAUGGUUGAGGAUUUCUACCUAAUGCUCACUGGAAUCAGCAGUGUGGCUGAAACUGCUCUGACUCCUUCCCCCCAAAUCUAACACUACCUGGACACAAAUAUCUGUUUCCGUCAGUAGACUAUCAAGGAGAAUGAGAUUAAAACGCAAAAACAGUAGUACUUAUUGAAACAUCAUGUAAUUAGUUACUGGAAAUCCUAGGGUAAAGAACUCUUGGGAAGUUUCUUUAGAGAACUUGGGGAAAAUAUGUGCUUAAUGUUGUCAUCCCUGCAUCACAUGGUACUUCGAAGAGCAGUUUUUUUAAAACAACCAUUGAAACUUGUUUACGUGUCAAGAGAUUCUCGAUUAGCAAAUGUCUUAAAUCUUUUGGGAACUGUAAACUCUUUUGUACAGAAAUAACUACUUUGACAUGCUAUAUACAGGUUAUUUUUUUUCCCGUCUUUUGAGAGAAAAGUCCACUUUUGAAGAAAGGGGAGGUGGUUCCUUUUUUUUUGUCUUUCUCUAUGCCAUUACUUUUUGCUUUUGUGAAUUGCUGCCCAUGGAUGGUUUGGUAUCAUACCAUCGAAGAGGGAGGCCACACAAAUUCUAGCCGGAGCCUGAAACUGCAGCUUUCCCUACACAGUUGGAGAAUUUCCCAACUUAGAUAUUUGUGGAGCUCAUUCUUUCUCCCCUGUGGGACUAAAUCUUCCAACAAAGCAGUUUCUCUUCAGCCUUUAGGCAUUACCUAAAGCUGUGUCUUCCUAGGGAGCAAGCUCCCAAGAAAAAUGGUUGGUAAAAAACCCAGAGUUAAAAGCAGAUCAGACUCAGUUCAGCAAGGGAGAGGCAUGGUUUUAAUUAUGUGACCAGCAGGUAGUUGAUGGCCUUAGUGGUUUAUGGCUAUUUUGAAUUUACUGCUAGUUUGUCAAGGCAGAUUCAGAAAUUAUUAGGAAUUGGCCAUAAUUCUGUAUAUGAUAGCUUUUGCCCUAUACACUGGGUUACCCCUCACAGUCAAGGAAUAGAUAUCUAGUUUGCAAGGCUAAGAGGUCUGAACCAUGUCAUUUCCAGAUUGGGUCUGUUUAUUCAUCUUUCCUUUUAGCUAGGAUCCUAUGAGAGAAGAUCUCUCUGACCUACAUAAGGCAUACUGGCUUCCGGACAUUACAGGGUUGGAAGGAGCAGCUGUGCUCAUAUUUAUGGGGUCAGGUCCAGGGCUGAGUAUUUUCUAACAUGGCCUUUCCUGACAUUGGAAACUGUAUGCAGGCAUGCAGGUUCUGGGAAAACUGGCUGUGGUGCAGCCAGUUCAGAGCUUCUUCCUGUCCCGAAGAAGCUAGUGACCGGUUCAGGAACGACGCUGUCAGCUAAGUCCCGAUUUGUGCAGGGGGGGUUAACUCCUAUUCUGACCAACUCCAGUGGUGGCUCCUGCACAGUAGUGAAACCAGAGAGGAAAGUUCUUCACUGCUGGCCCUGGCUAUCCACUUUCUACCUGUUUGGUGGCAUUCUAUUUCAUUAAUUGAGUCUCAUCAGUGGAUAAGGAAACUUUCAACAGGUAACAAGCCUUCCUCCACACAUGUUGGGAAAGCAACAUGAUCCCCAGGCAUUCAUUUUGUUUUAACCUCUUAUAAAGAUGGUGAUAUUCCAUCAGUUGAAUAAGCUGCGUUAGGGCCAAACACUUUGUACUGUCCCAAACAUUUCACAAGGGGGCUUAACCUCUCCAAAUCCAUAUAAUUUUUUCUUUGAUCAAACAGUCCUUCCGAUUUUCACAAGUGCAGGGAGCUUGCACCUUCUCUUCCAUGGUCAGCAUUCUUUUAGGGAUUUGUCUGUGAGUGCCUUUUGAUUUAAGAAACAAGAAAACUUGCUGAAGAAGGACAUGAAAGGGUGAAAUAUUGAUUGUGAUUAAAACUUCCCAUUUGAAAGGCCUUUAAACAAACUAACAUCAUUUUCAGUCCCACAGCCAGGAUUUGACAGAUUAAUUUUUUUCAACUCCAAUAAAUGUUUAAAAAUUUAAAAUUUCUUAUUUAAAUUGAUGCAGUUGCAGUCAGGGAGUAUGUGUUGGUACAUGUUUGUGCUUUUUUCUUUUUCGUCAAAGGAGACUAUUUAAAUGCAGAUACCAACAAAGACCAACCAAUCAACAUAAAAUAAAAAUGCUCUUCUGUGCUGCACCAUAAACCUGCUUUAUGUUUCUAUCGCAUCAGGAUCAUUGUGCUUUUGUUUGCGUUAUAGGAAAUAUGGUUCUAGUAACAAGUUUCAUUUGUUUAUCUUUUUGUUCCUUGUAAAAGGUAUUUGGUUUUGCUGUAUUGUGUUUUAUGAGAGCAGUAACCUUAUAAUAUUUUUGCAUUUUACUACCCAUAUUUCAAUAAACCUUUGGUCUCCCUUGCA